AGUGCAUAUUCAUGACAAGUUCAAAGUUGACAGCUUCUUGCAUUGCCGGGUCUAUUACUCUUUAGGACCUGAUUGAUUGGAGAGUGUUAACUGCAAUUUGAGCUUUAGGCAUUGAUUAUUUCAGUUGUUUAGAAAGUAUAUGUAGGUUUUGUUCUCUCUCUUUAGAGUCAAGAAAAAGGAAUUUUCUUCAAUCCUUUCUUGUGUCGAAGACGAAUUAUCCCUCGAAGAAUCAUUUGUUCCUGGUACUUAUAAGUUCGUUUAGUUCCCCUGUUGAUGAACUUCAGGUGGAUGCUAAGUUGGCUUCUUCAUAGUUUUGUUUGAUGAGCAGGUUUUACAGUGAAUUGUUUGUAAAACUCAGGUUGUACAGGUAUUAGACUUAGCUUCUUUUUAACAAGGCAGGUAAUAAGAUUAGAUUUUCUUAUCGAUCAAACAACAAGAAUUUUGUGGACUAGCUAUCUGUAAAACUGUCACUGGGCAGUAAAGAGUUCGUGAGUUCAUUGUGAAGGAAAUUCAGGGUGAAGAAGGAAAGAAUUUCAUGGAGGGAAGAGGCUACUCAGAAUUUUACAGAAACACAAGUGAAGAGAUGUUCAUAAAAACCAUGAUGGAAAGCUCUAUCGGGAUGCCAGCUCCAACCAUGGAGAUGUUGGGAUUCAAGAAUUUUAGUCAGAACUUCCGCACUGAUAGCGAGGAACUUUUCAAAAGCUGGCUCACAAAUGGAGAGAACAAUGGUUGCCACUCAUCAAGCAUUAUGCAUCGUUCUCGACAAGCACCACGAAGGAUCUCAACUGAACUAGCAGGAUUAACUAAUCAACAUGGAGGCGUAAACCACAAGAAACAAAAUGACGACAUUAUAUUGCCACAAACUAGUUCCAUUGCUGCUGACUCCUCAAAUGAUCUCAAUUCAACGAGGAAUGGAGUUGACAAAGGACUGCAGGCUAGUAAUUUGUUCUUGGCAAAGGCAUGGUUUCACAGUUCUCAACCUAUGACUAGAAGUCGUUCGUCAGAAUUAAGGAGGAGGUAUGUCGCCCUGCAAAACUCACAGACAUCAUUAGGCAUAGAGGCCAUGUGUGACAUAUCUGCAAGUGGUGUCAGCAACUUAAAUCAAGAACAUCCAGAUGCAAACGGAUUCACUAACAUGCCGAUGACUGAGAUUCCUAACCAGAUCAGUACAUUUAUGUCUCCCUCCAAUUCCUCGUCAUCUAAUUUCAACAACCCACAAUUGGGGACUGCUGAUAAGAUUUCUUCUGUCGUGAGCAUGUUAAAGGGUACGCUAGAGCGAAAGAAGCUCGGUAAACAUAUCCAGAGAGAAACUGUUGAGGACAGUUCUUUUGGCUACUAUGGGACUGAGGAAGUCUUUGGCAAUAUUAGUAAUCAGGGGCAAGGAAUUCAUAUUUAUGGAACUCAGGGAGCUUUCCACGAUGUAUCUACAGUUGAAGUAAAAGAUAAUGAUGUUUUACAAGCAAUUGAUGAGUCGUUUGGUAUCAACCUGGAAGGUUUUAUGGCUCCUAUGAACCCUGCGUUAAUGAGCACAAUAUCUCGAGAACCAUCUCAAAGUGAAUCUUCAGCUGCAGCACCUGUAGUUUCAAAUGGUUUCGACCUAUGUGAUGAUCCUUGCAUUACAGCUCAAGCUCCAAGUGUUAGCGAAAGCUCCAUGAAACAACAAUGGACAACUAAAAGGAGCCCGGAGGAUUGUUCGAGAGUUAAAGAUAUCAGAGAACGCAUAUACGAAGACUUCAAAGAUGAUCAAAAGCAGAAAGGAGGUUUAAUUCGAUUUGGAUCAGUAACAUCAGCAGGUUCAGUGGAAAAAGGAGACCCAACCAAAAAACGAAGAGUGGAACGGUCACGGAAGAUGGCCGAAGCAAAAGAAAGAAGUUCAACACCAGUAGUUCCUUCGGAUAUGCAGUCUAUUUUGAAGCGGUGUGAAAAUCUAGAGAAGGAAGUGCGUUCGCUUAAACUCAAUUUGUCUUUCAUGAAUAGAAAGGAUUCAGAACAGACUAAGCAGAUUGAAGAGCUUCAAAAGCAGAACCAAGACUUGAUCGAAGAAAAGGAGCGCCUUCUUGAAGAGAUCGAAAGGAUCCUUGCAGAAAUGGCCAAGCUCUGAUGUCCCGUUAAACAAAGAUCAACAAAUCCUUCGAAAGUAUGCGAUGCCUAUAUAUCAAUUUGUGGUUGUGGGAAACUAGAAAACUAUUCGUGCAUCGAAAUUUAUAAGAUUCUAGUAGAAGCUUUUUUUUUUUAACUGUAUAUUGAGUGCAAUUGACAGUUGUGUCAUCCAAAAUUCAGUCAAAAAGUCUUCAUAAUAUCGUAUCAAC